GAUGCGCACCCCGCAGAGCGGCCAGCCAAGGGGAGGAGGGCCAGUCCCCGGGCUGCCAUCCCCGGACCGCGGGUGGGACGCUGGGCUGCACAGCAGGCCUCGUGGGGCCCCAGCGGCCCAGGGGCAUGUGCGGUGGAGCGUGGGCAGCAGCGCCCCCGCUGUCCCCUCGGGUGUCUUUGAGGUGCAGGCCACAGACCAGGUGGAGGUGCUGCUGCUCCUGGAGCCAGAGGAGUUUCUACGGGGCAUCAAGGAGUUUCUGCAGGGCAUCAAGCCGCUGACCCAGACUUGCCGCCCGGCCUACUCCAUGCCCUGGGCCUGUCCUGAGAGCUCCACCGGCCUCCACCUGGCUGUCAUCGGGCUAGACGCUUACCUGCAGUCUCACCAGCCCAGCAGUCGGGAGGUGCGGCAGCCAGAGGGUCCAGCAGUGGCCUGUGCCCCAGUGGCACUCAGCUGGCCCAAGGUGGAGGAGGCCCUGGUACUCCUGCAGCUCUGGGCACACCUGGACGUGCUGCUGGUGCCCUCCUGGCAGGAGCUGAGUCAGCACGUAUGCACCUUCACCAAGGCCUUUGCUCAGCACCCCUUCAAGCAGUACCGGGAGUCCUGCGCCUUUUCCUUCUGCAUGGAUGGGCGCUGGGCAGCAGGCGAGCAAGUGGCAAGAGAUGGCACAGGCCUGCGUGGGGUCUGGUGGCGGCAGAUCAAGCAGUUUAACCGGGUCAGCCCAGCCGUGGCCAAUGCUGUCGUCGCUGCCUUCCCCUCCCCCUGCCUUCUGCAGCAGGCAUACAUGGCCUGCAGCACGGAGCAGGAGCGCCUGGCCCUCCUGGCGGACCUCCCCGUGAAGGUGGGCGAGUGUGUGGCCCCGCAGAGGGUGGGGCCUGACCUCUCCCGUCGCAUCUACCUCUUCCUGAUCUCCACCGACCCUGAGUUCCUACUGGAUCUGGGCUCCUAACCGUGCCUGAGGGACAGGAAGGGGCCUCGUCUCACCUCCCAGCAGGACAGAACAGGGUCUGCCCAAUCAGGGGGAACAGCUGCAAACCACUGGGGGCAGGGACCAGGGACCAGGGCACCAUACCUGGGGAGGGCAUGGGGUGGCCACAAUGUUCUUGGAUAACUGGGACAAACCAGGAGGGUGUCCCAUGCCCCGGGUCCUGUACCACUGGCCCCAGGGCUGGUGCCGAGCUGGGGCGGUCAGGAAGGGGAGCAAAUACCUCUGCCCCAGGUGGUGCUGUGAUGCAACCAGACGUGGCAGGAGAAGAGCCACAGGCACCUGGGAGCUCGGCCCAGGCUGCUCUGGUCCUGCCACCACAGAGAUGUUACACAAAAUCUAAGUUUAUUACAGUCAUCUCAGUCUGGGGCGGGAGGGACAGCAGCUGAUGACAUGCACAAGCAAGUUAAAGAACUCAAGGCUGGCGGCAACCUCCAGGGCCGCCUCUAACGGGGUGUCCUCAUGGGCGGGG